UACAUCACAAUUUACAAAAUUGCCAACAUGAAGUCCUCACUAGUAUUUCUGGCUAUCCUAGCACUGAGCUUCGCAAGCCCAAGACCGAGAAAGUUAUUCCAUGAAAAUUAUGAGGACUUCAUGGAUCUUAUUCGCGCUGAAGCUGGUCACGAUCUUGAUCACUUGAUGGAGCAUUACCUGGAGUUCGAAGAAUUCACCAAGACCUUGGACUACAUGAGAACUAAGGACUUCAAUAAUCUUGUACACGAAAUGGAGGAUUUGCCUGAAUUUAAAGCAGUGAUUGAUUACUUAGAGGCAAACAAAGUCGACGUGUCAUACUUCAUCACUUUAUUAGACGAAAUGCUUGAUCAAGUCGCCCUAGACAGAAAGUCUACCAGACAUACGGUAAGCGGUACAGACAUGACUGCAUUCAUCAAAGACUGUAUUGCAGAAUUCCCUAAGGCUAAGUUAGCUGCUCUAUACGAUGAAAAAAUAGCUGAAGAUGAAGACUUCAAAUCGGCAAUGGAGAACCUACAAAGCGAAGAAUGGAAUACUAUUUACAACGCUCUGUGGGAAAACGACACCUUCUUACAGGAAGUACAGAUCCUUAAGGAUAACGGGAUUGAAGUUGAUCUCCUUCUUCUCGAACUGAUCGCAGUUUUCGGACAAAAUUAAGUUGGCUAUCUGAUAUUUUGAAUCUGAAAUAAAAUACCAAAAUAUAAUCUGUGUUUUCA